CGCGCCGCGCCGAGCGCCAUGGAGUUGUACGAGUCGACGUACUUCCUCCUCCUCGUCCCGCUGGCGGUCAUCACCGUGCUCUUCCUCUUCUUCUGGCUGUUCAUGAAGGAGACGCUGUACGAGGAGGUGCUCGCCAAGCAGAAGAGGGACCAGAAGCCCCUGCCCCCGAAAGCGGACAAGAAGAAGCCGGAGAAGAAGAGGAGCAGGAAGAAAGACCCCCAGAACGGGGGCCCCAACGAGUCGGACGCCGAGACCGCGCCCCGCGACCUGCGGCUGUCCGACGCCCUGGACGGGGAGGCCGAGCCCGUCGCCCCCGCGGCCCCGGCCGCCGGCGAGGGGCCCGGCGGGCCGAGGAAGAGGAAGGAGAAGAAGCCGAAGCCCGGCCCCGAGGACCGGGCCCCCAAGGAGGGCGACGGGGCCAGGGAUGCCGCCAAGAAGACGGAGCCCGGCCCGGUCACCAAGCAGCCCACCCCGCCCUCGGAGCCCGUGGUCCCUUCCAAGAAGAGAGCCGGGCCGAAGAAGCCCAAGAACGGAAGCGAUGACCAGGAUGCCAAGAUUGAAGCCCUCUUAUCCGCUUACGCCACCAAGAAGCAAGAUCCUCUGCUCUUCCACCAGGAGACCAAACCAGAAAGUGGAUCGGGAAAAAAGAAAUCGGCAAAGAAGCAGAAAACCGAUAAUACUGUCGUGAACGAGCCCGUGAUCCAGGCAACCACGUAUAUCCCCCUGAUGGAUAACUCGGGCCUGAAUCCUGUCGGGGAGAAGAGGGAAGUCGCCGAUUUGGCUAAAGCCGAACCUCCCGAAGGAGUCCCCAGGACCGGCUCAAAGAAACUGAAGAAUGAGACCGAUAAAGAAAACGCGGAGGUCAAAUUUAAGGACUUUCUCCUGGCCCUGAAGAAUAUGAAGUUCUCCGAAGAGGAGGCCGUGAGCGUGCUGGAAUCGCUGAAGGAGAAGUCCGGGGCCAUCCAAGAUGCCCUACAGAAGGCCAGCAAAGGCAGUGCGGCUGCUGCCCUGCAUCAGCUCCACGAGAAAGAGAAGCUCCUCGCCGCCAUCCGGGAAGACGCCGCUCUGGUGAAGGAGCAGUGCAAGAAGCUGACUCAGGAGCUGAUGACAGAGAAGGAAAGGGGGAGCCUGGUUUUGGCCAAGAUGAGGGAAAGGAUCGGGACUCUGGAAAAGGAGCACGGAGUUUUCCAGAACAAAAUCCAUGCCGGAUACCAAGAGGCUCAGCAGAUGCAGAUGAAGUUUCAGCAAGUCCGGGAGCAGAUGGAGGCCGAGAUUACCCACCUGAAGCAGGAAAACGGCAUCCUGCGGGAUGCGGUCAGCAAUACCACCAACCAGCUGGAGAGCAAGCAGGCGUCGGAGCUGAACAAGCUGCGGCGGGACUACAGCCGGCUGCUGACCGAGCUGAGCGACAAGACGGGGACGCUGCAGCAGGAGGAGAUCCAGAAGAAGAACGCCGAGCAGGCCCUCGCCCAGCUCAAGGUCAAGCAACAGGAGACGGAAAGAAGGUGGGAGGAAAUUCAGAGUUAUCUCAGGAAAAGAACAGCCGAGCAUGAAGCGGCACAGAAAGACCUGCAGACGAAGCUGGUGUCCAAGGAGAACGAAGUCCAGAGUCUGCGCGGGCAACUGACGGAGGCCAUGCUGUCCCAGCAGCAGCUGGAGCAGAGGCUCAUCCAGCUCAUGGAGGCCGAGCAGAAGAGGGCAAAGAAAGAGGAUUCGUUCCAGCUCCAAGCCCAGGAACUUCUGGAGCAGAAUGAAACUCUGAAAGCUCAGCUCCAGCAGUGUCACACCCAGAUGGCUGCCCAGACUUCCGCUUCGGCCCUGGCAGAGGAGUUACAUAAAGUGAUCGCGGAAAAAGAUAAGAAGAUGAAACAAGCCGAGGACUCGCUGGCUAUUGAGCGCAGUCACCUGGCGAGCAAAGAGGAGGAGUUCAAGGUAGCCCAGAAUAUGAAUUACUUGCUAAAAGCAGAAGUGCAGAAGUUGAAGGCUCUGACGAACGAGCAGGCUUCCGCCGCCCACGAAUUGGAGAAGAUGCAAAAGAGUAUUCACCUGAAGGACGAUAAGAUCCAAGCCCUCGAAGAGCAACUCCAAGGAGAACUCCUCCAGGUUGCCAACAAAAUGGAAGAAUUUAAGAUUCUGAAAGAUCAAAACAAGGCUUUGCAGGUCGAAGUUCAGAAACUCCGAGCUCUGGUGUCUGAGCAGGUGUCAAAAGAGUGCGUGGAGCAAAUGGAAAGAAGCAUUCAAGAGAAGGACGAGAAAUUAAAAACCGUUGAAGAACUCCUGGAAACCGGGUUGAUACAGGUGGCUAAUAAAGAAGAGGAAUUGAAGGCCCUGAGGACAGAAAACGCGACCCUGAAAAAAGACGUCGAACGCCUUCGAGCCCAGCAAACCGAUCAGGUGGCUCUCACUUCCCUCAACGAAGAACUCCGAAGAGCGACCCGCGAGAAGGACGGGAAGCUCAAAUCCGCGGAAGAGCUCCUGCAAGCCGAAGCGCAGAAGGCCGCGAGCAAAGAGAAGACCAUUCAGGCUUUGAAGCAGGAAGUGGAGGCCCUGAAAGAAGAAGUGGGAAAAAUCCAGCUUGAGAAGGCCCAGCAGGUAUCCUUCACGGCCCAAAUCCGGGAGCUUGAGAGUCUAUUGAAAGGGAAGGAGGAACAAGUGAAAUCCGCGGAGAACGUGCUGGAAGAGAGGGAGAAAGAGCUGGCCGACCACGGAAAACGGUUACAGGCCCUUCGAGACGAAAACGCCUCCCUAAAAACCCACGUCCAGGAGCUCGCACAGAAGAGCUCGCAACAGGCGGCGGCGGCACUACAAAUUCAGGAGCUCAAAUGCCUGUUGAAGAGCAAAGACGACGCGGUGAAGGUGGUGGAAGCCGUAUUGAAAGAGAGAGAGACGGAUCUGGCCGACAAAGGGAGGUUGCUGCAGGACGUCCAAGAUGAAAACCAGGUGUUCAGAUCUCAAAUCCAGGAGCUCCAGCAACAGAACGCUCGACAGGUUUCUCCUGCUCCAAGUGAAGACUUAUUGCAAGUGAUCGCAGGGAAAGAGAAGGAGAUAUCCCGUCUCCAAAACGAGAUAGGCGCGCUGAAGAAUGCCGUGGAACAGCAGAGGAAGAAGAACAACGAGCUCCGAGAGAAAAACUGGAAAGCCAUGGACGCUUUGGCAUCAACUGAAAAAUUGCUCCAGGACAAAGCCAACAAGACUGCUAAGGAGAGACAGCAACAGCUGGAAGCGGCGGAGAGCCAGGCCAAAGAGGUUCUGCAGGACUUGUUUCCCAGCGUGUCUCUCCCAUCCAGCUUGGGUUUCAGCGAGUGGCUCCGUGGGUUUGAGGAGAAGGCCAAAGACCGGGCCGCGGCAGGGCCGGACGCUGAGAUGAUUAAGGCCAUGGAGCAGAAACUGAAAGAAGCGGAGGAGAACCAUGCCCUGUUGCAGCUGGACUGUGAAAAAUACAAGUCUGUUCUCGCAGAAACGGAGGGGAUUUUGAAAAGGCUGCAGCUCAGCGUGGAAGAGGAAGAAAGUAAAUGGAAGGUCAAGGUGGACGACUCUCAGAAGGCCUUGCGGCAGAUGAAAUCCUCCUUCAGUCCUUUGGAGCAGGAGGUGGAAAGAUUAAGGGGAGAAAAUAAAGAAGUUGAGACGCUCAAAAGGGAGCGAGAACAUUUGGAAACCGAACUAGAGAAGGCCGAAAUAGAACGGUCUACGUACGUUUCGGAAGUCAGAGAGCUGAAAGAUCUGUUGACUGAAUUGCAGAAAAAACUUGACGAUUCAUAUUCUGAAGCCAUAAGACAAAACGAAGAGCUAAAUUUGCUCAAAACGCAACUCAACGAGACCCUUUUGAAGCUGAAAACUGAGCAGAGCGAGCGACAGAAGGUCGCCGGCGACUUGUAUAAGGCCCAGCAGUCCCUGGAUCUUAUUCAAUCCAAGAUUGUCAAAGCAGCCGGAGACACCAGCGUCAUCGAAAACAGCGACGUCUCCCCGGAAAUGGAGGCGAUGGAGAAGGAGACGACGUCAGUUAGCCUCAACCAGUCCGUCAGACAGCUUCAACAGCUGCUCCAAGCCGUGAACCAGCAACUCACGAAGGAAAGAGAACACUACCCCGUCAUAGAGUGAAGCCCCAGAGAACCGCCAGUUGGAGGAGAGCGGAAGGCACUGUAUUAUAUUUUGCCAAAUUAAAGCCUUAUUUAUGGUUUCACCCUUUCUACUUCGUCAGAAACACUGAGCAGAGUUUUGUCUUUUCUAAUCCUCGUCUGACUACUGAAUUGAGAGAGAGAGAGAGAGAAACCGUCAACUCUGUAGACGCCUUCAGAGGUUAGUUUUACACAACAAGCCGUUCCUGAAAAAUUCAGAGGUUCGUUUUACACGACAAGCCGUUUGGAUAAUUAGACCUUUCCAUUCCCGAAAAAAGAGCCAACGCGUAAUCUUCUAUCUUCGCUCCCCAAACUUUGGUUCGGAAGAUCACGAGUGGGAAUGACGAUGUACAAUUUCACCUUUUAGUACCGAAAUUGUACGCCGUUUUCCUUGGAUAACGUUCCGGGAAAUAGCCGCCUCUCUCCAACUUCAAGUAAACACUCCUUUUUUUCGUUGCUAAUGUAAUCGGUUUUUGUAAUGGUGUCAGCAAAUAAAGGGAUGCUUAUUAUUCAAA